AUGGGCAAGGACGAGCUAACCAACGUCAAAGACGAGGGCACUGCGCAACCCACCACUGUCACCGUCAAGGAGAAGUAUGCGGACGAAACCUUGCGCAUUGUCGAGGAACAUGGGGACGACUUUGGGCCCUUGACACCGGAGCAGGAGAAGAAGCUGGUAAGGAAGCUAUAUUGGCAUGUGAUGGGACUCUUGUCGGCCAUCAACAUCUUGCUUUUCAUCGACAAAUCGACUCUGGGAUAUGCGGCCAUCUUGGGACUGUUUGAGGAAACCGGCAUCAGCAAAGCGCAAUAUAACAACCUCAACACAUUUUUCUAUGUGGGAUAUCUCGCGGCUCAAUGGCCAGGACACUACCUAUUGCAAAAGCUACCCUUUGGCAAAUUCGUGGCCACUCUGGUUUUCCUCUGGGCGGCGAUUUUGCUUCUUCAUUGCGUGGCAGUCAACUACGGCGGCCUUGUCGUCGUGCGCUUACUACUGGGCGCUGUCGAGUCUGUGGUCGUUCCAGCAAUGGAAAUGACCAUUGGAAUGUUCUUUAACCGGCAUGAACAAUCUGUCCUCCAACCCAUUCUGUGGGUAACGUCUGCUGCGGCACCGGUGGUCAUUGCCUUUAUAUCAUACGGCCUAUUGCACAGCCACAGCUCCGUUCUGCCUUGGAAACUGCUCAUGAUCACAACAGGCGGGAUCUCGUUGUUGCUGUCGAUCUGGGUUUGGUUCCGGUAUCCCAACAACCCAGCGCAUGCGAAAUUUUUGAGUCUGGAGGAAAAGAUCCACGUCAUCCGAAGAGUGCAUGCAUCCCAUCAGAGUUCCAUCGAGCAGAAACAGUUCAAAAAGUCGCAAUUUAUCGAGGCCCUGCGGGACCCGAUUUCGUGGCUGUUCGCUCUGGCCGCCUUUACGCUGAUGAUCGCCAACAACCUGACUUACGGACAGCAGAAUCUGAUCACGACAUCUCUUGGCGUGAACGCGCUGGGCUCGACUCUCGUGGCUGCCGCAGGAGGCGGGUUUGGGGUUCUGGUGUGUUUCGCCGGUGCGUGGGCUCUUGACAUCUGGCCCUCGAACAAAGCCAUCCACAGCGCCUUCUGGUGCUUGCCUGCCCUGGCCGGCGGGAUUGGCAUGGUCGCAAUUAGCUGGGACGAGAAGCUGGGCAUGCUGGUUUGUCUGCUAAUUGCCGGCCACACCUUUGGAAACACAUAUAUUAUCGCUCUUGGCUGGGUUUCGUCUUCUUGUGCCGGCUAUACCAAGAAGCUCACGCGCAACGUCAUGUGGAUGCUGGGAUAUAGCGUUGCAAAUCUCAUCUCGCCCCAGAUCUGGGUUCCCAAAGAUGCUCCCCGCUACUAUCCUGCUUGGAUUACCAUGAUUGUCGUCAGCUGGGUCGGCACCCCAACCAUCUUGUUUGUGAUCCGGUUUAUUCUGAAACGACGGAAUGAGCAGCGCAAGAAGUGGAUCGAACAGCUGGGAGGUGAUGCACAUGCCGAUGGAGAAGUCGAGGAGGUGGAUGAAGAAGGCCGCGUGGUGCGCAAGAAGGUCGAUCUGGCUUUGCUGGACCUGACUGAUAUGGAGAACAAGUUCUUCAUCUAUCCUCUCUAG